CACGUUUUGGAGUUGGAACCCACGAUCCUGUACCGUCACAAGAGCAGUAAGCUCCUAAUAAUUAGGCCCUACUCCAGAUUCUGACUUUAUCUCAAACCUGAUCCACCAGAUUCUGAAAGAAAAUGAAUAGAUCUCUUCAUCUCUCCGAAUCCUUCGUCAUCAGUUGUGGCACAAUUACCCUCGAUAUCGAUCAAUCUAAAGUCCUCGUUAUCUACUUGAGAAAAACAGGCGAAUAUUGCCUUCCAAAAGGGAGAAAAGAUGUGGGGGAACAGCUCGAAGCAACAGCCGUUCGCGAGACGUACGAAGAAACAGGAUACAUCGUUGAGCUACUACCCCUUCAGUUGACCACCCUUGCUACCCUCCACGGGAAUGAUGAUGUCCGAUCUGCGAUACCUGGAGGGACAACAGAACCCGUCGCUGUGACGCAAAGGACGACUCAGGGUGUGCUGAAGAUCAUCUUUUGGUAUGCGGCGCGAGGCGAUUCUUGUGCCAACCGCCAGAUGUAUACGACAGAACAAGAAGAUGAGGAUUUUGAUGCCGUCUGGUGUCCAAUGGAUGAAGUAGUUCAGCUGUUGACAUUCCACGAUGACAAAACGAUCACUGCAAGGGUCAUCGAGGCAGCUCGUGGUGGGGGAAGUGGAUCUAAGGUACAUUGUGCCGUAUCUAUAUAAUAUACUAAUUCUGACGGAAGGCCGCGCCUUCGGUGCGAUCAGCGCCAGGAGUGAGCAUGUGAAUGAUGCCCGCUGGAGGCAGUCAAGAGCAUCAAAGGUACCUAGUGGCAGUAAGUCGUGAAUGCUACAGUGACAAUGUACUAACAAAGCGAAGCAGCCGGUCCAUUGACCGAUUUUCCAAACGUGUCGUCACUCCCUCUUCCCAGUAGCGGGCU